UAUACCAACGAAUCCGAGCUACCAGCAAAAAUUUUUAUGCACAACCAUAGAUUUUUCUCACCGAUUUUCGAAUCGGUGGUCAUUUCAUUAUUUGAUUGCAGCAUACACGCACACUGUCGACGACGACAAGUUUUUUGUUCCCUUUUCACAAUCGAACGAUCAACAAUAGAAAUUUCAUCAUUUAUUCGUAUUCACAUCAAGCAAAAACCAAUUAACCAGCCAAAUAUAACUAUAAUAAUAAUAAUAAUAAUAUAAAAACUUGAAGAAUUAUAUACAAAACACAAGUUCCGUUUCCGUUGUUUGUUGUUUGCUAACAUUGGCAAUAACAUCAGUCAACAUUUAAAGGCAAAUAUGUUGCUCGAUCCACAAGAGACAUUAUCAUUAAACAAGUUAAUUGUACGACAAAUUGGCUGUAAUAAUCGUUCACGUUUGGCUAAACUUAAUGGUAACAAACUCAUUCUAUGUAGUUCAAUUAAUCGUGGUGAUUCAAUCAAAUAUGAUUGGAUCGAUACAAUAGCCAUUAAUCGUUCACCAUUAUCAUCAUCGCCGUCUCCCAUUAUGAAUAACAUGUCAUCAUCGUCAUUAUUAUUAUCUCAAAAUAAUGAUUCAUGGUCAUCAUCAAUAACAUCGACAUUAUCAUCAACAUCAAUCAAACAUAUCAACAAUACAAAUAUUGAUCAUCAACGAAUAUCUGCACCGGUUUAUCAUAUAUUUUAUUCUACAGAAUAUUCUGAUUCAAUCAUCUAUAUAAUGGCUGUAUUGUGUAUAUAUUUCCUAUUAUUUUCAUUGUUAAUCUAUGCAAAUUGGACUUCAUUCAACCACAAUAGUAAUGAUAAUGAUGAUGAAAAAAGUCGAAAAAAACGACGACAACGACGACGACAACAACAACGACAACGACGAUUACAUGAAAAGAAAUAAUAACCAUAGUAAUAAUCAUAAUAAUAAUAAUGUCGUUAACGGCAACGUCAUCAACCAUGUCAAUUCGAAACCAAAAUUUCAUUUUGUAAAUUUUGUUGAAAAACAAAUGACAACGAUGACAUUAACUCAAGCUGAUUAUAGUCUGAUACGGAUGGAACCAAUGAUUGUUAAACAACACGAUAAUCAUCAUCAUCAUCAUCAUCAUCAUCGACCAUUUGGUUUGAUUUUUUAUGCCACACGAAUCAUACCGAAAAC